AUGGCACAGGCACUGUUGGUACCCCCGGGACCUGAAAGCUUCCGCCUGUUUACGAGAGAAUCUCUUGCUGCUAUUGAAAAACGUGCUGCAGAAGAGAAAGCCAAGAAGCCCAAAAAAGAACAAGACAUCGAUGAUGAGAACAAACCAAAGCCAAAUAGUGACUUGGAAGCUGGAAAGAACCUUCCAUUUAUUUAUGGAGACAUUCCUCCAGAGAUGGUGUCAGAGCCCCUGGAGGACCUGGACCCAUUCUAUAUCAAUAAGAAAACUUUCAUAGUCUUGAAUAAAGGGAAGGCCAUUUUCCGGUUCAGUGCCACCUCUGCCCUGUACAUUUUAACUCCACUAAACCCUGUCAGGAAAAUUGCUAUUAAGAUUUUGGUACACUCUUUAUUCAGCAUGCUUAUCAUGUGCACUAUUUUGACCAACUGUGUAUUUAUGACCUUGAGUAACCCUCCAGAGUGGACGAAGAAUGUAGAGUAUACCUUUACUGGGAUCUAUACCUUUGAGUCACUCAUAAAAAUCUUGGCAAGAGGGUUCUGCUUAGAAGAUUUUACAUUCCUUCGUGAUCCAUGGAACUGGCUAGAUUUCAGUGUCAUUGUGAUGGCAUAUGUGACAGAGUUUGUGGACCUGGGCAAUGUCUCAGCGUUGAGAACGUUCAGAGUUCUCCGGGCAUUGAAAACAAUUUCAGUCAUUCCAGGUUUAAAGACCAUUGUGGGGGCCCUCAUCCAGUCGGUGAAGAAGCUCUCAGACGUCAUGAUCCUCACUGUGUUCUGUCUGAGCGUGUUUGCUCUCAUUGGGCUGCAGCUGUUCAUGGGCAACCUGAGGAAUAAAUGUUUGCAAUGGCCCCCGAGCGAGUCUGCUUUUGAAACCAACACCACUUCCUACUUUAAUGGCACAAUAGCGCCAAAUGGGACAUUUGUUAAUAUAACACUGAGCACAUUUAAUUGGAAGGAUUACAUUGCAGAUGACAGUCACUUUUAUGUGUUGGAUGGACAGAAAGACCCAUUACUUUGUGGAAAUGGCUCAGAUGCAGGGCAAUGUCCAGAAGGGUACAUCUGUGUCAAGGCUGGUCGAAACCCCAACUAUGGCUACACAAGCUUUGACACAUUUAGCUGGGCCUUCUUGUCUCUGUUUCGACUCAUGACUCAAGACUACUGGGAGAAUCUUUACCAGUUGACAUUACGUGCUGCUGGAAAAACAUAUAUGAUAUUUUUUGUCCUGGUGAUAUUCUUGGGCUCUUUCUAUUUGGUAAAUUUGAUUCUGGCUGUGGUGGCCAUGGCCUAUGAGGAACAGAAUCAGGCCACCUUGGAAGAAGCAGAACAGAAAGAAGCAGAGUUUCAGCAGAUGCUUGAACAGCUUAAAAAGCAGCAAGAAGAAGCACAGAAAGCUGCCGUGGCAGCAGCAUCAGCUGCAUCAAGAGACUUCAGUGGGAUAGGUGGAUUAGGAGAACUCUUGGAGAGUUCUUCAGAAGCCUCAAAAUUAAGUUCCAAAAGUGCUAAGGAGUGGAGAAACCGGAGGAAGAAAAGAAGGCAGCGAGAGCAUUUUGAAGGAAACAGAGACGGAGACAGGUUCCCCAAGUCCGAAUCAGAAGACAGUGUCAAAAGAAGAAGCUUCCUUUUCUCCAUGGAUGGAAACCGGCUGAGUGGUGAAAAGAAGUUCUGCUCUCCUCACCAGUCUCUAUUGAGCAUCCGUGGCUCCCUGUUUUCCCCAAGACGCAAUAGCAAAACAAGCAUUUUUAGCUUCAGAGGCCGAGCAAAGGAUGUUGGAUCUGAAAAUGACUUUGCUGAUGAUGAACACAGCACAUUUGAAGACAGCGAGAGCAGGAGAGACUCAUUGUUUGUGCCCCACAGACAUGGAGAACGACGCAACAGUAACGUUAGUCAGGCCAGUAUGUCAUCCAGGAUGGUGCCAGGGCUUCCAGCAAAUGGGAAGAUGCACAGCACUGUGGAUUGCAAUGGUGUGGUUUCCUUGGUGGGUGGACCAUCAGCUCUAACGUCACCUACUGGACAACUUCAGCCAGAGGUGAUAAUAGAUAAGCCAGAUGGUACUACCACUGAAACAGAAGUCAGAAAGAGAAGGCUAAGUUCUUACCAAAUUUCAAUGGAAAUGCUGGAGGAUUCUUCUGGAAGGCAAAGAGCUAUGAGCAUAGCCAGCAUCCUGACCAACACAAUGGAGGAACUUGAAGAAUCUAGACAGAAAUGCCCACCAUGCUGGUACAGAUUUGCCAAUGUCUUCUUGAUCUGGGAUUGCUGUGACGCAUGGUUAAAAGUAAAGCAUCUUGUGAAUUUAAUUGUAAUGGAUCCAUUUGUUGAUCUUGCCAUCACUAUUUGCAUUGUCUUAAAUACCCUCUUUAUGGCCAUGGAACACUACCCCAUGACUGACCAAUUCAGCAGUGUGUUGACUGUAGGAAACCUGGUCUUCACUGGGAUCUUCACAGCAGAAAUGGUCCUCAAGAUCAUUGCCAUGGACCCCUAUUAUUAUUUCCAAGAGGGCUGGAAUAUCUUUGAUGGGAUUAUUGUCAGCCUGAGUUUAAUGGAACUUGGUUUGUCAAAUGUGGAGGGAUUGUCUGUACUGCGAUCAUUCAGACUGCUCCGGGUGUUCAAGUUGGCAAAAUCGUGGCCCACACUGAACAUGCUAAUAAAGAUCAUCGGCAACUCCGUGGGGGCGCUGGGAAACCUCACCUUGGUGUUGGCCAUCAUCGUCUUCAUCUUUGCUGUGGUCGGCAUGCAGCUCUUCGGUAAGAGCUACAAAGAAUGCGUCUGCAAGAUUUCCGAUGAUUGUGCGCUGCCUCGCUGGCACAUGAACGACUUCUUCCACUCCUUCCUCAUCGUGUUCCGCGUGCUGUGUGGAGAGUGGAUAGAAACCAUGUGGGACUGCAUGGAGGUGGCUGGCCAGACCAUGUGCCUUAUUGUUUUCAUGUUGGUCAUGGUGAUUGGAAACCUCGUGGUUCUGAACCUCUUUCUGGCCUUAUUGUUGAGCUCAUUUAGCUCUGACAACCUUGCUGCUACUGAUGAUGAUAAUGAAAUGAACAAUCUCCAGAUUGCUGUGGGAAGGAUGCAAAAGGGAAUUGAUUAUGUAAAAAAUAAAAUAUGGGAGUGUUUUCGCAAAGCUUUUUUUAGAAAGCCCAAAGUUAUAGAAAUCCAUAAGGACAACAAAAUGGAGAGGUGCUUGUCCAACAACACUGGAAUUGAAAUCAGCAAAGAACUGAAUUACCUUAAAGAUGGAAAUGGAACAACCAGUGGUGUAGGUACUGGAAGUAGUGUGGAAAAAUAUGUAAAUGAUGAAAAUGAUUACAUGUCAUUCAUAAACAACCCUAGCCUCACCGUAACAGUGCCAAUUGCUGUUGGGGAGUCUGACUUCGAAAAUUUAAAUACUGAGGAGUUCAGCAGUGAGUCAGAACUAGAAGAAAGCAAAGAGAAAUUAAAUGCGACCAGCUCAUCAGAAGGAAGCACAGUAGAUGUUGCCCCACCCAGAGAAGGUGAACCUGAAAUUGAACCUGAGGAAGACCUUAAGCCAGAAGCUUGUUUUACUGAAGGAUGUAUUAAAAAGUUUCCCUUCUGUCAAGUAAGUACAGAAGAAGGCAAAGGAAAGAUAUGGUGGAAUCUUAGGAAAACCUGCUACAGCAUUGUAGAGCACAACUGGUUUGAGACUUUCAUUGUCUUCAUGAUUCUUCUCAGCAGUGGUGCUUUGGCUUUUGAAGAUAUAUACAUUGAACAGCGAAAGACCAUCAAAACCAUGCUAGAAUAUGCGGACAAGGUCUUCACGUAUAUAUUCAUUCUGGAAAUGCUUCUCAAAUGGGUAGCUUAUGGGUUUCAAACAUAUUUCACUAAUGCAUGGUGCUGGCUAGAUUUCCUGAUUGUUGAUGUUUCUCUGGUGAGCUUGGUAGCCACUGCUCUGGGCUAUUCAGAACUUGGUGCCAUUAAAUCCCUACGGACACUAAGAGCUUUACGACCACUGAGAGCCUUAUCCCGGUUUGAAGGCAUGAGGGUGGUUGUGAACGCACUUGUGGGAGCAAUCCCCUCCAUCAUGAAUGUGCUCCUGGUUUGUCUCAUCUUCUGGCUUAUUUUUAGCAUCAUGGGUGUGAAUCUGUUUGCGGGCAAAUUCUACCACUGUGUUAACAUGACAACAGGUGACACAUUUGAUGUUGGCAUAGUCAACAAUUUCAGCGACUGCCAGGCUCUUGGCAAGCAAGCCCGUUGGAAAAACGUAAAAGUAAAUUUUGAUAAUGUUGGUGCUGGCUAUCUCGCUUUGCUUCAGGUGGCCACAUUCAAAGGCUGGAUGGAUAUUAUGUAUGCAGCUGUUGAUUCACGAGAGGUUAAGCUUCAGCCUGUAUAUGAAGAAAAUCUGUAUAUGUAUUUAUAUUUUGUCAUCUUUAUCAUCUUUGGAUCUUUCUUCACCCUGAAUCUAUUCAUUGGUGUCAUCAUAGAUAACUUCAACCAGCAGAAAAAGAAGUUUGGAGGUCAAGAUAUCUUCAUGACAGAGGAACAGAAAAAAUAUUAUAAUGCCAUGAAGAAACUUGGAUCCAAGAAACCUCAGAAACCCAUACCCCGUCCUGCAAACAAAUUUCAAGGAAUGGUCUUUGAUUUUGUAACGAGGCAAGUCUUUGAUAUCAGCAUCAUGAUCCUCAUCUGCCUCAACAUGGUCACCAUGAUGGUGGAGACUGAUGACCAGAGCAAAUACAUGACCCUAGUUUUGUCCCGGAUCAACCUUGUCUUCAUUGUCCUGUUCACUGGAGAGUUUGUGCUGAAGCUCAUCUCUCUCAGAUACUACUACUUCACUAUAGGCUGGAACAUCUUUGACUUUGUGGUUGUGAUUCUCUCCAUUGUAGGAAUGUUUCUGGCAGAUCUAAUAGAAAAAUACUUCGUGUCCCCCACCCUGUUCCGAGUGAUCCGCCUUGCCCGGAUUGGCCGAAUCCUUCGUCUCAUCAAAGGGGCCAAGGGGAUCCGCACGCUGCUCUUCGCUCUGAUGAUGUCCCUUCCUGCCUUGUUCAACAUCGGCCUCCUGCUCUUCCUUGUCAUGUUCAUCUACGCCAUCUUCGGGAUGUCCAACUUUGCCUACGUGAAAAGGGAAGUUGGAAUUGAUGACAUGUUCAACUUUGAGACGUUUGGCAACAGCAUGAUUUGCCUGUUCCAAAUUACCACGUCUGCGGGCUGGGAUGGGUUGCUAGCCCCGAUUCUUAACAGUGGACCCCCAGACUGUGACCCUGAUGCAAUUCACCCAGGAAGCUCAGUGAAGGGAGACUGCGGGAACCCAUCCGUUGGGAUUUUCUUUUUUGUCAGCUACAUCAUCAUCUCCUUCCUGGUGGUGGUGAACAUGUACAUCGCUGUCAUCCUGGAGAACUUCAGUGUGGCCACGGAAGAAAGUACUGAGCCCCUGAGCGAGGAUGACUUUGAGAUGUUCUAUGAAGUUUGGGAGAAGUUCGAUCCGGAUGCGACCCAGUUCAUAGAAUUCGCCAAGCUCUCUGAUUUUGCAGCUGCCCUGGAUCCUCCCCUUCUCAUAGCAAAACCCAACAAAGUCCAGCUCAUUGCCAUGGACCUGCCCAUGGUAAGUGGAGACCGGAUCCACUGCCUCGACAUCUUGUUUGCUUUUACAAAGCGUGUUUUGGGGGAGAGUGGAGAGAUGGACGCCCUUCGAAUACAGAUGGAGGAUCGAUUCAUGGCCUCGAACCCCUCCAAGGUCUCUUACGAGCCCAUCACAACCACUCUGAAACGCAAGCAAGAGGAGGUGUCUGCUGCUAUUAUCCAGCGUAAUUACAGAUGUUAUCUUCUAAAGCAAAGAUUAAAAAAUAUAUCAGGUAACUAUAACAAAGAGACAAUCAAAGGGAGGAUUGACUUACCUAUCAAAGGAGACAUGAUUAUUGACAAACUAAAUGGGAAUUCCACUCCAGAGAAAACAGAUGGAAGCUCCUCCACCACCUCUCCUCCUUCCUACGAUAGCGUCACAAAGCCAGACAAGGAAAAAUUUGAGAAAGACAAAACAGAAAAAGAAAGCAAAGGGAAAGAGGCCAGAGAAAAUCAAAAGUAAAAACAACAAAAAAAGAAACAAAGAAUUUUAUCUAUAUAAUCAAUUGUUUACAGCCUAUGAAGGUAAAGUAUAUGUGUCAACUGGACUCCCAGAGGAGAUCCAUGCCAAACUGACUGUUGCAACACACACUCAUGGUCAGUGCCUACACAAGACAGUAACCUCUCUGUUGGUCCCACGCUGUUAGACAGGGCAUCAACAUUGACAAGAGGUUGCUGUUUUCAUUACCAGCUGACACUGCUGAGGGGAAGUCAGUGGCUACCUGGUCUAUAGGGAUUGUUGUGUGAUCAUUGUAACUACACCAAACACCAUUAUUAGUACAGCUCUCUCAUCCACAUGAUUUUAACUCCACCUCUGCCAUAUUUUAAAGAAUUUGUCCUAGUGGUCGCUGAUUCAUAGUUUAUUCAUAAUACAAUGUCACUAUUUUUGUAAAAUGAGGUUUAUGUUACGGGGAAAUUAUAUAAGAACCCAUGCAUCUAUUCCAAAGGCUCUCCAAUAAUUAGAAAAUAAUUAUUUUGCCUAUUGGAUAAAAUUCUUGCUCCAAACCAGAAAAAAUUCUAAUGUUAAGCAGUUGCAGGUACUUCCAUUUUCUACACGGCUUUAAUUUUUUAAGUGUUCUAUUCAUUAUGUUAGUUUCUAUCUGAGCAGUUACAUGCCUAUAAAGUCUCUUCUAAUAUUUAAAGGAUUAUUUUUAUGCAAAGUAUUCUGUUUCAGCAAGUGCAAAUUUUAUUCUAAGUUCCAGAGCUCUAUAUAUUUAAUUUUGGUUAAAUGUUCCCCCUCCCCAAAAUAUAAUGUAAUAAAUUUGUUCUAAAAAUGUAUAUCUAAAGUAUCACUUUAGAAUAGUCCUUCCACUUUCUGCUGCAGUAUUGCUUUGCCAUAUUCUGCUCUCAGCAAGGCUGACAAUAUGUAAAUAGUUAUUUUAUCCUGUGGUGCAUGUUUGGGCAAAUAUAUAUGCAUAUAUAUA